AUGCCCAUGAGCAUGAUUAUAGUAACAGAGGCCCACUAUGAUGACUAUAACAACAGACGGCCCACCAUCAACAGACGGCCCACCGUGAUGAUUAUAACACCAACAGACGGCCCACCACCAACAGACGGCCCACCAUCAACAGACGGCCCACCAUCAACAGACGGCCCACCAUCAACAGACGGCCCACCAUCAACAGACUGCCCACCAUCAACAUACUGCCCACCACCAACAGACGGCCCACCACCAACAGACGGCCCACCAUCAACAGACUGCCCACCAUCAACAGACGGCCCACCAUCAACAGACUGCCCACCAUCAACAGACGUCACACCAUCAACAGACGGCCCACCAUCAACAGACGGCCCACCAUCAACAGACGGCCCACCAUCAACAGACUGCCCACCGUCACGAUUACAUCUGUAG